AUGGCGCGAGGAGCUGUAGUCGUCGCAGGCUACAAACUCAGCUACGACCAAGCUGAAAUCUGGGCGAAGAAACGUGGUUGGCCUACUGACGACCCCGCCGACCUCUACGAUGAGAUGGAGCGCGCUUGGCCGAAAGAGAAGCUGGCCCGGUCCGCGAGAAUCAUGUCUACCGAGUGGCCCAGGGCCUUAAUCCGUCGAGUUGACGACUGUAUUGAGCUCGCGAGGGCGGGCGAACCGAUCAUCCUGUUCGGCCGUAGGUCUCAGCGCGACCCAAAGGCAACGUCGUCAACGUGCAUCUGGAUUCCAGAACGGCCAACCGAUCUCCAGUUCAAGUCCGAAUUCGAACAGGAGACGGGCACGAAGUUGGAAUGGGUCGUUGUUCCUGACGCGAGACUGCUCAUUCCCUGGGAUGACGUGGAUAAAGUUUCCCCCCACCCCUACCGCUAUGAAUGA